AGGGAGGGAAUGUAAUAGAGAUGUUGCACCGGUGUCGGAGGAGCUCACGUGUAAUUCCUAGAAUUAACUCCAUCCUACCGGUACAAACAGCUCCUUGCUUAAUUGCACGGGAUUAAUAAUUUAAAGCAAAAAGGAAUAAAUCCCCGUCUGCCCGAAAGAGAGCAAAAUUGCAGUUCCGAGUGUUUUCCUUUAGGAAUCAGCUGGGUAGUUUUUAUUUGCUUUCUUGACUUCAAAAAGAAAGGGAAGAACCCUUCUGUUCUUGCAGUUAACAUUAUAUAAAUCCCCAGACACAUACUGUGCAAAAUCUAUUAGCAGCAUGUUUCAUAUGCUGCAGUUCUUGCUCUGCAAUCUGUUGGUAUUUUAAAGUAAGGAUGAACUGUAAUCUCUCACAAAUCAUUUUUAAUUCAACGCCGGUUAGACGUGUGCCACGGCGAGGUAUCAUCUCCUGCGCUUUUUUUUUUUUUUUUUUUUUAAGUUUGCUGGAACAAGACCUCUGCUGAAGUUAAAUCAGCACAUGCGUCUUGCACAGCACUUUAGCAAGUGGAUUAUAAUAACAACCCCCUCAACGCGUGUCUCACAUGAGGAAUCUUUUAUGCCGCGCUGUAUUAAGACUUCUUUUUUUGUCAUAUUGUUUAGCUCUGGGAAAGGAAAAAAAAAUGAAAACAAAGCAAUUAAAAAGAUUGACAGGUAUGGGUUUGUGUGAGACCUAUUUGUAAUUGUCAGGGUGACGUGGGCAAGAGGAGGAGGAGUAACAAACUGAAGCAGGAAAAGCAGCUCGAUGUGUCUGUCUAUCAGUUGAGACUGUCUGAGAGCCCUGGGAUCCGAAUGUGUGUUAUAUUUCAGUGAAAAGAGAAGAGAGGGAGAGUGGAUCUCUUUCUCUCCCAGGAGUUUAAGGGGGGGGGACAGUUCACGUUAAUCUCUCCCACUCAGUGAAUGUCUUUUCUUCCUCCCCCCCCUCCCUCUUUGCACACACUCUCCGGGGUUUUUCUUGGUUUUGGCAAUUUUUUUGUGUGUGUUGUUUUUUGGUUUUUUUUUUUUUUCUUCUGUUGCAGAUCAAGAUCAGCCAAAAAAAAAAAAUCCAUGAUAAAAAAUGUGUUUGCAUUAUAUUUAGUAUCAGAAGAAGCUUCGAUUUGUGGAGGAAAAAAAAGGGAGAGCAAGAGAGAAAAGUAGUCCUCUCCGGUGGUGACACUGUUUGAUCUGUGACUGUUUGGAAGGUGGAGGAGUGACUGACAUUUCCCAUCCGGUGUAUAUGUAUGUAUGGGGGCUUUACUCCUUUUUAUUAUUUGCUUUCUAGCUCUUAGACUAAGUGCUGGGAGGAGAAGGAGAGACUGGAUCGACCUCGUUUUUUGCACAAUGAACAAACUAUUACCAACGCAAUAAAAAACCAAACAAACAAAAAACCCCCCAACAACAACAGCAACAACAACACACAAAUCCACGAGCUUGAAACAAGCCAGCCAGCCAGCGAGCGAGCGAGAAAGUUGCGCUUUGAGACUCUUUGAUCUCGGAGAAAGCCUGAGAGGGGGGGAGUGACUGAAUUUACCGUCUCAUCGCCGCCGCUUGCUCGGCUCUCCACCGCCAAGAAGGAGGAGAAGAAGACGAAGAAGUGAUUAAGGAAAGGAGGGGGAGAAGGGGAGAGAGGAAAAGGAGGAAAAAAAAAAGGAACGAAAGAAAGAUAAUGGAUUUGGGCUACAGAUUGAACUGAUCAAAUCUUAUUUAUUUUGCACAUCUCCACUGGCAUCUUCCCUGCUGCUGCUGCUGCCGAGAGGACUGAAGAGCUUUGUCUUAUAAGGAACUUAAAAGAGAGAGAAAGAGAGAGAGUGUGUGUGAGAGAGAGAGGGAGGAAAAUUAACCUUGUAAAUGAAAACAUUUCCUAAGCAAGUUUUUGGAGUGGCGGCGGAAAUUGGCAUCCCUGUCACCAGUCUGUGGCUUGCCUCAUCCCACACCCCACCUUCCCCCCCGCCCCGCGCACCCCGCUCGCCGCGCCGGGAGCUGACCCGGGGGGGGGACCCGGACCGGGCGAGAGGAGAACCCGACCAAACUUUUUCUCCUUCCUCCCCCCCCUUCCUCCUUCCUCCUCCUCUCCCUCUCUCCCAUUCCUCCCCACCCUCCCUCUCGCUCUUCCUAGGCGGAAUUAGAAGUUGAAUCCGCUUUCUUUUCUCCUUCCUCCCCCUCCCUCCCUCCCUCCCUCCCUCCUUCCCUCCCUCCUUCCUCCCCCCCCCCUUAUUUUAUUUUUUUAUUUGUGUGUGUGUGUGUGUGUGUGCGCGCGGGUGUGUGCGUGUGUGUUUGUUUCUGCAUGAAAAGAGGGGGAUCGGAAGAGGAGUCCUGCGCGGAAACUCUGCGGCGGCGGCGGCGGGCGGCGAGGCGGCGGCGGCAGCAUGCCGCGGAGAAAGCAGCAGGCACCCCGGCGCUCCGCAGCAUAUGUUCCUGAGGAGGAAUUGAAAGCAGCAGAAAUAGAUGAAGACAGCGUGGAAGAUGAUGGGCUGUCUCUGGACAUCCAGGAGAAUGAGUAUUUGUGCAAUGAAGAAGCGGAGAUCAAAGAGGCUCAAAGCUACCAGAACUCCCCAGUCAGCACUGCAACUAAUCAGGAUGCAGGCUAUGGUUCGCCGUUUAGUGAAAACAGCGAUCAGCUGGCCCAUUUCAAAAGCACUUCCUCUAAAGAAGAGAAAGAGGAUCCUCAGUGCACAGACAAUGUUUCCUAUCCACAGGACAGCUUGGCACAAAUAAAAGCUGUGUAUGCAAAUUUGCUUUCAGAGACUUGCUGGUCCAGUUUAGCUUUGGACUUAAAGAAAUCCAAUCCAACCACCAGCAACAAUGGAAUCAGCCAGAAUGAGAACACCACCAGUACUGACACCAAUGCCAAUUCCCAGAGUACUAGUACUACCAGUACCAACACUAGUACCAGUACGACCACCAGUAAUACUAGUAACAGUAAUAGUAACAGUGGUGGCUCGGGUUACGACUGGCACCAAGCUGCAUUAGCUAAAACUUUGCAGCAGACCUCAUCGUACGGACUUCUCCCAGAGCCUAGUCUUUUCAGCACAGUACAGCUUUACCGGCAAAACAAUAAACUUUAUGGGUCCGUGUUCACCGGUGCUAGCAAGUUCCGAUGCAAAGACUGCAGUGCAGCCUAUGACACACUGGUGGAGCUAACAGUGCACAUGAAUGAAACUGGACAUUACCGUGAUGACAACAGAGAUAAAGAAGCUGAUAAGACCAAACGGUGGUCAAAGCCUAGAAAACGAUCACUUAUGGAAAUGGAAGGCAAAGAGGAUGCCCAAAAAGUGCUGAAGUGCAUGUACUGUGGGCAUUCGUUUGAGUCUUUGCAAGACCUCAGCGUCCAUAUGAUAAAAACAAAGCAUUACCAGAAAGUGCCUCUGAAGGAGCCAGUACCAGCCAUCACUAAAUUGGUCCCUUCUACCAAAAAGCGAGCACUUCAGGACUUAGCUUCACCUUGUUCACCUGAGCCAACAGGGAUCACUGCAGAAGCUUCACUGGGUGAGUCUGCAAAGGAUCAGAAAACUGCCAACCCCUAUGUGACUCCAAAUAACCGCUAUGGCUAUCAAAAUGGUGCUAGCUACACUUGGCAGUUUGAGGCACGCAAGGCCCAAAUACUGAAAUGCAUGGAAUGUGGCAGUUCCCAUGACACUUUGCAGCAGCUCACUGCUCAUAUGAUGGUCACUGGUCAUUUCUUGAAGGUGACCAAUUCUGCUUCCAAAAAAGGCAAACAGCUAGUAUUGGACCCUGUAGUGGAGGAGAAGAUACAGUCUAUACCUCUUCCACCCACCACCCACACAAGGCUACCAGCCUCCAACAUUAAAAAGCAGCCUGAUUCCCCAGCGGGCUCCACAAACUCAGAGGAGAAGAAAGACCUGGAGAAGGAAAAGGUUGUGGUCAGUGAAACAGAGAAAAAGAUUAAAGAAGAGAAUGAGGACACUACAGAGAAAUUUGAGCCAACAACUUUGUAUCAGUACCUCAGAGAGGAGGACCUAGAUGAUAGUCCUAAAGGCGGAAUAGACAUAUUGAAAUCCCUGGAGAACACGGUGACAACAGCUAUCAGCAAAGCUCAGAAUGGAGCCCCUUCCUGGGGAGGAUAUCCCAGUAUUCAUGCGGCUUACCAGCUCCCGGGAACAGUCAAACCCCUUCAGCCUGCGGUGCAGAGUGUUCAAAUGCAGCCGUCCUACGCGAGCAGUGUAAAAUCACUGUCGUCAGAACACAAUGCGCUCAUCCAUUCCCCAGGCAAUCUCACACCCCCACCUCACAAGAGCAAUGUAUCUGCUAUGGAAGAACUAGUGGAGAAAGUUACAGGUAAAAUCAAUGUAAAGAAGGAAGAAAAGCCUUUGGAGAAAGAGAAGAGUUCUCCAGUCAAACCCAUGUCACCUGCUGCUAAAGAAAACAAGGACUUCCCAAAAGCAGAAGAAAUAAAUAACAAACAGCAGCCGAAGAAGAGCUCUGAGACAGAAGUUCAGAAGGUCAAAAAGGAUAGUCCAGCAGAAGCACAUACGCCAAAUGGUACAGAGCCACUUAAAACAAAGGUUGCAAAUGGCUGUAACAAUUUAGGAAUCAUCACAGAUCAUUCACCUGAGCCAUCCUUCAUUAAUCCGUUGAGCGCUUUACAGUCCAUUAUGAAUACUCACUUAGGCAAAAUUUCUAAGCCGGUAAGCCCCUCUCUGGACCCUUUGGCCAUGCUGUACAAAAUUAGCAACAGCAUGUUGGACAAACCCAUUUACCCAACCACUCCGGUCAAGCAGGCUGAUGCUAUUGACCGGUAUUACUAUGAGAACAGUGAUCAACCUAUUGAUCUAACCAAGUCCAAAAAUAAACCUCUUGUUUCCAGUGUGGCUGACUCUGCCUCGUCCCCGCUGAGGGAGAGCGCCCUGCUGGAUAUUUCUGAUAUGGUGAAGAACCUCACAGGGCGUUUGACACCCAAAUCUUCAACUCCAUCUACGGUGUCAGAGAAGUCUGAUGCUGAUGGGAGCAGUUUUGAGGAAGCUUUGGAUGAACUGUCACCAGUACACAAGAGGAAGGGCAGACAGUCCAACUGGAACCCUCAGCAUCUUCUGAUCCUUCAAGCCCAGUUUGCUUCCAGCUUGAGGGAGACCCCAGAAGGCAAAUACAUUAUGUCGGACCUAGGUCCACAAGAGCGGGUACACAUCUCUAAGUUUACUGGUCUUUCCAUGACCACAAUUAGCCACUGGCUGGCCAAUGUGAAGUAUCAGUUAAGGAGGACAGGUGGAACUAAAUUUUUAAAGAACUUGGACACAGGACAUCCUGUUUUCUUUUGCAAUGAUUGUGCCUCUCAGUUCAGGACUGCUUCUACAUACAUAAGUCACUUAGAGACACACCUAGGGUUUAGUUUGAAGGAUCUGUCAAAGUUGCCACUUAAUCAGAUUCAAGAACAGCAGAAUGUUUCAAAAGUCCUCGCAAACAAGACUUUGGGCUCACUUGGAAUUGCCGAGGAGGACUUAGGCUCCACAUUCCAGUGUAAGCUCUGUAACCGAACUUUUGCAAGCAAGCAUGCAGUCAAACUGCACCUUAGUAAAACACAUGGCAAGUCCCCAGAGGACCAUCUGAUCUAUGUAACUGAGUUAGAAAAACAAUAGCGUCCAGAACUGGUUUGUGAAGAAAUUGUGCAUGCAGUCCUUGGAAGAAGGAGAGCUGUGUAGUACUCAAGGGGUUAGGAAGCCACAACUGUAUAAGUUAAAUAAUAAUUAAAAAAAAGCAAACCAAGUUGCCACUAUGCCCAAACCCUCUGGAUGCUGAGAAUUGCCACUUUUUGGCAAAAAAAAAAAAAAAAAAGUAUGCAAGCUGUUAUUUAAAACAAGUGUAAAAAUGCUCUUUUCUUUCCUCUUUUUUUUUUUUUUUUUUCCUGUAAAAUACUGCAGUUUAUAGUUAUUUACAAAUGUUAAGCUUUGGUACAAGCUGACCUUUCUAUAGUGUGCUGCAUUGGUAAAUGAAAACAAAAAAAAUGGGGCAAAUGUUGGAUUCUGUUCCUUGUAAAUUGCCAGCAUCAGCUUAAAAAAAUACAUGUUACAUAUCGUACCAUUUUAAACUGUUCAACUUUCUUUGUACCUUCUGGCUGUAUGCUUUCUCUUUUAACUUUUUAUAUUGUCAUUUUAUAUUCGAUUUCUGUGUAUAUAAUGUAAAACCACACUUUUUGAAUAAAAUUUAGUUCCUGCAGCUUGAUAUAAAUAGAGGAAUUUUACUGGCACCUGCAUCUUUCCAGAUGCAUGUACUUAAAGGAACUAUCUGACAAAAAAAUAAAUAAAUAAAAAUAAAGCAAGCAAUGCACUAUGAA